AUGUCUCGGAGUGUUGACGCUGCCACCAAUAACGAUCCCAUUGCGUCGGUAGCUCGUCUCGCCAGGCAUUCUGAUUCUUCCGAUACGCAGCCGCAGAGGCCAGCAAAUAUCGGCGCAAAGAAGAUUGACUCUCGCCCAACGACGAAUCAUUCGCAGCAAGCAACCGCCGGCACAAGUACAACGACGAACUUUGUGCGGUCGGAGAGAUCCAUCGCGACUCAAACAGCAUCGGCAUCCUCAAGCAGCUUCAAUCCGAAGCAAACAUUCAACAACUUGAAGAGGCCAAGCGUGUUUCUGUUCGCGGAGGAGGCCAGUGGUGCAACAGGAAGUCGUCGGCAAGCAGUAGUUCUUGUUUUGAUCUCCAAAUUUGAGAAAAAAGAAAAAGUUUUGAAUUAUCAUAGAAUUUGA